AUGUCAAACCCUGAUGAUCUAGAUGAUGGUUUACUAUAUGAUUACAGUUCCGGUGGUGAACAAGAAGUUGAAGAUGUCGGUACAGUUACAUUGCCACAAGAUGAAGUAACUAAUAAUGAUAAGAAAGAAAAAAAAAGAACUGCUGAUGAGGUUAAGGAUGAAAGCUCGAUGUCGAAAAGACAAAAAAAAUUAGCCAAAAGAUCUAAAUUUACAGAAAAAAAAAAAGAAUUGCGUCAAUAUGAAAUCUCUAAGAAACAAAAUCUUCCUAAAUCUACACCUGAAGAAAUAUCUGAAUAUUUUACAACAUUAAUCCGUAGUAAAAAUCCUGAUUUAAGUGCUUUAGAACUUGAAGAAAAAUAUUUAAAGAAGACAGAUUUUCUUUCUACCGCAAGAUAUACGAAUGACAGAACUUUAGAAAAUUUCCCUGAUUUUAUAAAACAAUUUUCAAAAGCACCAAAGACAAUUAUCUUUUCAUUGACCAACCUUCGUGUAGCCGAUGUGUUUAGAACUUUAAACACAGAAAGACAAUGUGUCAAAUUAUUUGCUAAGAAUAAAUUAAAGGAUGAUCAAAAGACAAUAGAUAUAGUAUUUGAUGGUAAGAAUAAGAAAUUUUCAAACAUCAGAUAUUUUGUUUGCACAGCUACAAGAUUAAGUAAGAUCAUCGAAUCUAGUGAUGCAUUUUUUCAAGGGAAGGAUAAAUUAGAUAUCAUCCUAGAUGCUAGUUUCUUAGAUCCAAAGGAGAAUACUUUAUUAACUGCAGAUGAUGCAAUUGUAUUAGCCAGUACAUUAAGGACUUUACUAGAUAAAAAGAGUUCUGUGAAAAUUCUUUUGUAUUAG